AUGGCUUCUGCACGUCAGGCAGUGAGAUUCUCAUACGCCCGAGAUCGCGACAUCAACCCUUCCGAAGUCUUGCACGCUGCUUGGUCGACAGUGCUCCAGAAACAAAUCAUCGGCAGCUCGACAGCUUGCAUUCUGACACUGAACCCGGAACAAGGAGAGCUGCAUGCCAUUAACUUGGGCGACUCGGGGUUCCUGAUCAUCCGCGACAAGGCAUCGGACCUCGAGACUGCACGAUUACGUGGUACGCUGGAUGGAUCGCUGACGCGCAAGAUCGUCAACCGCGAGCAUGACCUUACGCCGGCUGGCCGACGAAAGGGAGCGCACGUGACGUACCGCUCACCACAGCAAUUGCACUACUUCAACUGCCCUUUUCAGCUGGGGUUCGCGGGCGCUGACCUUGUGAGUGAUGUUGUGGACGACUUGGCGCGUGGCACGCACUCACCGAUGCGUGAGAAGCCGCUUUUCGAAACCCCGGAGAACGGAAUGCGACUGCGAGUACCAGUGCUUGAGGGAGAUCUCAUUAUUCUCGCCACUGAUGGACUCUUCGACAACGUGGAUGAGGAAGAUCUCCUUGACAUUGUACGUACCGAAGCGGACCUUGAGACCAUGACGCGCAAGCUUGUACACAAGGCCCACCGUUUGUCCCUCGAUCGAACGCGCGACUCGCCAUUUGCUCGCCUUGCCAAGGAGAACGAUUUGCUAUGGGGCGGUGGUAUGCCGGACGACAUUACGAUCAUCGCAUCUCGAGUCAUGAAACACAAGACUGAAGGGGAGAAGAGAGCUGAGGACACUGCGGCAGCUGUCGUCUCUGGAAGAAGCAGUAGCACGCGGAGAGUGCACAGCAGUUGA